AUGAAGCCAAGCUACUGCCUGUGCCUGCUGGCCUACCAGGCCUCCUGUGCUGCUGCUUGCCAGCGUGAGAUGUUACAUUCCCACAUCUUCAACCCUCAUGAAGCUCUAUCGAAACGCGAAGAAGCAGUGUUCCCACCAGUCCUCGACCAGAACGAGGCAAUCCUGACCAAUUCGAUCGACAACGCUUCGAUCGCUACCUGGUCUUACUAUUACACCCAUGGCUAUCACGUUGCGGGUAGUAACCAGACCAUGGCCCAGUGGACAGCCGAUCGCUGGGAUGAUUUUGGCUUGUCCGCAGGUUUGGCCUCAUACUACGUGUACCUCAACUAUCCCGUGUCGCACUCCUUGUCUGCAACCUUUGCCAAUGGGUCCACAUGGACUGCCUCAUUGCGGGAAGAGGCUUUGGCCGAGGAUGAUGUGACAACUUAUCCCAACAGUGUUCCCACUUUUCAUGGCUACUCAUUCACAGGGGAUGCAGAAGCCGAGUACGUCUACGUGGGUCGGGGCCAGCAGGUUGACUUUGAGCGGGUCAAAGCCUUGGGUGUCUCCCUUGAAGGCAAAAUCGCCUUGGCUCGCUAUGGCGGGCCUUUCCGCGGGCUCAAGGUCAAGAACGCCCAGGAGCAUGGCAUGAUUGGCUGCGUCAUUUUUACAGACACGGCCGAUGAUGGUAAUGUGACCGAGGCCAACGGCUACGCUGCUUAUCCUCAUGGACCGGCGAGAAAUCCAACCUCAGUCCAACGCGGCAGUGUCCAGUUCUUGUCAACAUACCCGGGCGACCCGACCACCCCGGGUUACCCGUCACGGUUUGAUUCGCCUCGCGCAGACACUUCACCUGUAACACCACGCAUACCAUCGCUUCCGAUCUCUUGGAAGGAUGCUCAACCUUUACUGCAAGCUCUUGACGGACACGGUCCAAACGGAGAAACCGUGAACCGUACAAACUGGGUGGGCAAACUGAAUGCAACUUAUUCCACCGGCCCGGCUCCAGGCACGACCAUCUCCUUGUCCAACGUUAUGAGAGAUGAAAUCACCUGGAUCUGGGACGCCGUUGGGAUAAUCAAUGGGACUAGCGAAGACGAAGUGAUUGUUGUCGGCAACCAUCGCGAUGCAUGGAUCGUUGGCGGCGCUGCUGACCCAAAUUCAGGAUCGGCCAUCAUGGUCGAGCUUGCCAAAGCGUUCGGAGCACUGCUCAAGACCGGGUGGAAGCCGAGAAGGACAAUCGUCUUGUGCUCUUGGGAUGCUGAAGAAUAUGGCCUGGUUGGGUCUACUGAGUGGGUGGAGGAAUAUAUUCCGUGGCUAAGCAAGGCUGCGGUCGCCUAUCUCAACAUCGACGUCGCCGUCUCUGGCCCCAACCCGUGGUUAUCUGGAACACCUGAGCUCCAUGAGAUUGCCACGACCGUAAUGAAGAAAGUUGUCUAUCCAUAUCGAGGGUACAACAAUUUCUCACUUUAUGAUGUCUGGUACGGUUUGACCAAAGGUGAGGUUGGCGUUCUGGGCUCUGGAAGCGACUAUACGUCGUUCGUGCACAACGGCAUCAGUUCAAUUGACAUGGGUUCUGGCGGAGGCCCGACGGAUCCGGUCUACCAUUAUCACUCCAACUAUGAUGAUUUCCACUGGAUGAGCACAUUCGGCGACCCGGGCUUCAACACCCACAAAGUCAUGGGCCAGUAUCUGACUUUGCUGACUUAUCAUCUGGCCAACGAUGCAAUUGUGCCUUUCAACGUGGAAAACUAUGGUGUUCAGAUGACCCUGUAUCUUGAAAACCUUGCCAAAGACAUUGCGGCCGCGAAUGCAACAGUCGACCUGUCCUCAUUAGAGUCAGCCAUAGCGACCUUCAACGCCUCUGCUGCAGCAUUUACCGCAACGCUCAGCUCCGCGUCGACCGAGGAAGAAAUCAGUCUCGUCAACGCUAGAUUCAGGGAUUUCAGUCGUGGCUUUGUGUCUCAGGGGGGUCUGCCCACGAGGGAGUUUUACAAGCACGUCGUCUUUGCACCGGGCGUGGAUACCGGGUAUGCCCCCACGACCUGGCCUGGUAUCACAGAGGCUGUCGAUGCCGGAAACUAUACGCUGGCCAACACUUGGGUGCAGAAGUCUGCCAGAGCUGUGGAGGUUGCGGCUGCCAUUCUCAAGCCUUGA